GCUUGCGCACUCGUGCCGAGAUAGACACUCUAGAAGCCCGACACAGCAGACUUGAGGGCUGGGCGCUCCUCAGAGCCAGUGGCGGCCGGAGUGCGCGGACUGCUUUUCUGAAGGGCUAGAUUCCGCAGACCCGACCCGGGGCCUGGCUGUAAGAGGGAAGUCGGAGGUGGAGCCCCAGAAUAAAGGUACCCUGCAGAGCGCUGGAACCAGAUUCAGGGCUGGCCUGUGGGGACGGAACGACCCCUUGGACCGAAGAAGACGCAGUGGGCCGUCCCAGGCGCCCUGCCAGUCUCCAGAGAAGGCCUUUGAAGUGAAACGAAUCGCUGCCGCGCCUCUAAAAGGCAGGUUCUGUUGUAAGGUUGGAACCCACAGCCCCGAGAUCAAGAGUCACUCACUCUGUGGACUGAGCCAGCCAGACACCCCUAAUCACAGUUUUCUUAAUGACUAUAAGCUCUAGCUUCUAUGGACUCAGCUUCUCCAGCAAGUGACCUUUGAGGAAAACUAACCAGUUCUUGCAACUCUAAAAUCAUGGCUCAUCAUUUGGUGAUGUUCAGAGAUGUGGCUGUAGACUUUUCUCAGGAAGAGUGGGAAUGCCUGAACUCAUAUCAGAGGAAUUUGUACAGAGAUGUGAUAUUAGAGAACUAUAACAACUUGGUGUCAGUGGCAGGGUAUACCAUUUCUAAGCCAGAUGUGAUUACUCUACUAGAGCAAGGGAAAGAACCCUGGAUGGUUGUGAGGGAUGAGAGAAGAAGAAGGAGCCUAGAUUUAGAAUCCAGAUAUGACACUAAAAAGUUAUUUCAAGAAAAGGAUAUUUGUGAAAUGAAUUUAUCUCAGUGGGAGAUAAUGGGAAGAAUUAGAAGUUGUGGCCUUGAAAACUCCUUUAUCAGAAAAGAUUAUAAAUAUGAGAAGUUCGAGGGACAAGAACACCUUCAAGAGGGAUAUUUCCGGCAAGUGAAAAAAACCACCUCUGAAAAAAUGCCCACUUACAGAAAACUCACUUCUCUUACUCUGUAUCAGAGUAUCCAUAAUAGAGAGAAACCCUAUGAAUGUGGGGAUUGCGGGAAGGCCUUUAGAGUACGCCAACAACUUACUUUCCAUCAGAGAAUUCACACUGGCGAAAAACCCUAUGAAUGUAAAGAAUGUGGAAAAGCCUUUAGACAGUGUGCCCACCUUAGUCGACAUCAGAGAAUUCAUACUUCUGACAAACUCCUUGAAUGUAAAAAAUGUGGAAAGAUCUUUACAUGUGGUGCAGAUCUUCGAGUACAUCAGAGAACUCAUAUUGGUGAGAAGCCCUAUGAAUGUAAGGAAUGUGGGAAGGCGUUUAGAGUAAGAGGACAACUUAAUCUUCAUCAAAGGAUUCAUACUGGUGAGAAACCCUAUGAAUGUAAGGAAUGUGGGAAGACCUUUAGACAGUAUGCACACCUUACACGACAUCAGAGACUUAAUAUUGCUGAGAAGUGUUAUGAAUGUAAGGACUGUGGGCAGGCUUUUUUGUGUAGUACAGGCCUUAGAGUACAUCACAAACUUCAUACUGGUGAAAAACCCUAUGAAUGUAAGGAAUGUGGAAAGGCCUUCAGGGUGCGGCAACAACUCACUCUCCAUCAGAGAAUUCAUACUGGUGAGAAACCCUAUGAUUGUAAAGAAUGUGGAAAGACUUUUAGUCGUGGCUAUCAUCUCACUCUCCAUCAGAGAAUUCAUACUGGUGAGAAACCUUACGAAUGUAAGGAAUGUCGGAAGUUCUUCCGUCGUUACUCAGAACUUAUUUCACAUCAGGGUAUUCAUAUUGGAGAGAAACCCUAUGAUUGUAAGGAAUGUGGGAAGACCUUUAGACUGUUCUCACAACUUACCCAACAUCAGAGUAUUCAUUUUGGUGAGAAACCUUAUAAAUGUAAGGAAUGUGAGAAGACUUUUAGACUGCUAUCACAACUUACUCAACAUCAGAGUAUUCAUACUGGUGAGAAACCCUAUGACUGUAAGGAAUGUGGAAAGGCCUUUAGACUUCAUUCAUCACUUAUUCAACAUCAGAGAAUUCAUUCUGGUGAAAAACCAUACAAAUGUAAGGAAUGUAAAAAGGCAUUUAGACAACAUUCACAUCUUACUUACCAUCAGCGAAUUCAUAAUGUAACUAAAUAAUUUAGGAAAGCCUUCCACUGUGAAUUUUGUGUUAAGGGGCAUUAGAAAAUAAAUUCUAGGGGAAAAGUUUUUGAAUAUAGGAAUCCCUUUUGCUUCGUGCUUACAGCUAACCUAAAUAGUUAGGUUUUCUUUGAAGGAAAGGAUAAAUUUCAUGAAUUUUUAGAAGCCUUUUCUCAUCAUUAAAAACUAUGUUAAACUUUGGGAAAUGUGUUCUAGAAAGAAACUCUUUUUUAAAGGAGUGAAUAUAGAAGAGCUUUUAAUCUUACCUAUCAUCGCCUCUAUUUUUCCCAUCUGUAUAAUAUAUCUAUGAAGGUUGCUAGGGCACUAUCUCAUUCCAAAAACUGAUAAUUGAAAGGAAAAUCAUUUAGCCUGCAUUUCCUGUUGAACUGUAUUUUAGAGUAACUAGAAGUUGAUGAGCUAAAGUUCUUUAUUAGAGAAUUUUGCAGCACAUAAUGAAAUAAUGGAUCUAGGCACAAUUCUCAGUGGAGGUUAAGACAAGUAGAUACCCACUGAUCAAUUUUAAUCUCAAAAUAGGACAAAACAUUUUGUGCCCCCUAAUAAGUUACAGUAAGACAUACACAUGUUGCCAAAAAAUAUUGAACUGAAUCUAAGCAUCAAGAUCUAACUCCCAGUUUAGGGAAGAAUCACAGAACAGAAGAACAUGACACAAGAAGAAGCAAUGAAACAAAUUUAAAAUGUGGGUAAUUCCACGAGAGAAAUGACCUGCCUUCAAAUUCAAUAAAAUAGCAUUGAAAAAAGGGAGGUGGAACUCUUAAAUAUUAAGAGUCUGAAAAAAUGUAUAUCAAUCAAAUGCAGUGAACUAGAUCACAAGUUGAACAAAUAUGUAAAAAGGACAUUUUUAUGACAGUUGGGGAAAUGGGAAUAUUGACAGAUAAUACUAAGAAAUUAUGUUUUUGUUAGGUAGCAUCGUAGUUAUAUAAAAAUGUUAGAGAUAAGUUUAUACACAUAAGAUGGUAUGAUGUCUGGAACUUUUUAAAAGUGCUCAUGCGGGGCACCUGGGUGGCUCAGUCGGUUGAGCAACUGACUUUGGCUCAGGUCACGAUCUCACAGUUUGUGAGUUUGAGCCCCAUGUCGGGCUCUUGGCUGACAGCUCGGAGCCUGGAGCCUGCUUUGGAUUCUGUGUCUCCCUCUCUCUCUGCUCCUCCUCUGCUCAUGCUCUGUCUCUCAAUAAUAAAUAAAUGUUAAAAAAUUUUUUUAAAAAAAAGUGCUCAUGCAAAAGAAAAGGAUAAGCUUGUUAAAGUGAUGGUAAGAUAAGUCUUGAGUACAUAGUUUUUGUUUAUUUUGUUCUUGCUAUUUUCUUUUAUGUAUUUGAAUUUUUCCAUAAUAUUAUUUUAAAGAUAAAAUUAGCUCUGGAAUUUUAACCAAGUUGAAGUAAAUGAUUUUUUUAAAUGACUGCAUAUCAAAAUUUCUGGGUGUUGUCAAAGUUCUGCACAUUGGGAUAUUAAAUAUGCUAUACUGUAUUUGGGAAAUACAGAUGGAAGAUCCAAAUUUUAUCUAGUUCACCUAUUACUACCUCUGUUACCAUGCCUGUCCCACAGUACUUCAUAUGUUUAAAGAAUGAGUUUAAAAAGCAGUUACUACAACUAAAUGUGGAAAUUAAUGGACUAGACCUUCAUUGUCAAAUAAGAUAGUUGCCAGCAACAUGUUGAGCGCUCAAAAUUGAGCACUUGAAUUGUGGCUAGUUCAAAUUAAAAUGGUGUUAGGUAUAAAAUACACAUGAGGUUUUGAAGAUUUAGUUUUUAAAAGAAUGUAAUGUAUAUUGUUUCUCACAGUGUUUCUCUGCUGUGAUAUUCAGUGGGAUAUUCAGAACCCAAUUUAAGUGUCUUUCUGCUUCCAAGUGGCAUGUUUGCAUGCUAAGGUCUUGGUUCUACCCUGAAUCAUCCUUUGUUUUCCUCCCCUUCAUGGAAGGUAGCCCGUGUUUAUAGCUGAAUAGUUUUCUCAGACUGUUUUUAGCCUGUAGAUGUCUUGGGAUCCCAAGGCCCUUUCACUUUGUACUAUUUCUGUCCCAUUAGGUUCAAGCUUGCAGUGCUUCAAGUAGUACCAUUGUCUUAAAAAACGUAUUUUCUUUUUUUUUUUAAUUUUAAAAAAUUAUUAUUUUGAGAGCAUGCACACAAGCAGGGGAUGGGCAGAGAGAGAAGGAGAGAGAAUAACAAGCACGCUCUGUGCUAUCAGCAUGGAGACCAUCACCAGGCUCCAUCUCAACACUAAGAUCAUGACCUGAGCUGAAAUCAAGAUGUGGUGUCAAUCUUCAACUGAGCCACCCAGGCACCCCUAAAAACUGUAUUUUCUAUGAAUUUUAUUAGGGUUCACUCAAAGAAUCAACAGGCUCUUCUCUAUUAGGUUCCCUAUGAGGCUGCUGUAGAAAAAUGAGUUUGAAAUUGUUAGAAGCCCUAGUAUUUCACAGGAAAGAUAAAAGUUGGGUUCAUCAUUAUUUGGAGGCUAUAUUUUCAGGACAGCACUAUAUAUUUGAUUCCCACCCCCACCCCAGGCCCAUUAUAACUUUGAAAACCCUUUGCUCUCUGGAAACACUGCCAUGGAACCCUCUAUGUUUCCUUGAAAUUUAUUUGAAAUAUGCAGCAAUUGAUAGGAGUAAAAUGUGAUUUUUCUCUUUUGCUAUGUUAUGAUGGAUUACAUUUAUGAAUUUUCAAAUAUCGAUCAAGACUUACAUCACUGGAAUAAGCUCCAUUUGUUUGUAGUGUACAUUUUGUAUGCAGUACAUAAAUACAUUGCUGGAUUUGCUGAGAUUGCUAUGAUGUGCUAAUAUUUUGAGGAUUUUUUUUUUUUAGGAUCUUUGUAUCUAUAUUCAUGAGGAAUACUAGUUUGUAGUUUUCUUGCAUUCUACUGUCUUUGCCUCAUUUUGCUAUUAAGGUGAUUAUGGCCUCACAAAAUGAGUUUCACAGAAUUGCUUCCUUUCCAUUUCUGGUAGAGAUAGUGUUGAAUUGUUAAUUAUUCUUCAGAUGUUUGGUAGGAUUCUCCAGUGAAGCCAUUUGGGCCUUGAAAUUCAUGUGUUCACAUCCUAACCCCCAAUAUAAUGACAUUAGGAAGUGGAGCCUUUUGGAGGAAAUUAAGUUACAAUGGUGGAUCCCUCCUGAUUGAGAUUAGUCCCCUUGUAAAAGGGAUCCCAGAGAGCUCUCUUACAUUUUUGUGCCAUCUGAGGAUACAAGAAAAUGGCAGUCUUUAUUCUGGAAGACAGUUCUUGCCAGAAACUAACUGUGCUGGCACACUGAUGUCAGACUUCAGCCUCAAGGAUUGUGAGAAAUAAAUUGCUGUUGUUUAUAAACCACCCCAUCUAUUGUACUGUGUUAUAGCAGACUGAAAUGAAUGAGACAGAUAUUGGUACCAGAAGUGGGGUGCUAAUGUAACAAAUAGCUAAAAAUGUAGAAGUGGCUUUGGAAUUGAAUAAUAGGUAAAAGCUGGAAGAGUUUUUAGAUGCAUGCAAAAAAUAGAGACAUUAAUGGUGAUUUUGGUGAUAUCUCAGAAAAGAGCUGAAGAGAAAACUUCAACCUUAGAGAAUACAUUAUCGACAGAAUGUUCAUAGAAAUGAAUGGUAAAGGCAGUACAGAUGAAGUCUCAGGUGGAAGUGAGGAACAUAUUGGAAACUGGAGGAAGGCAGUUCUUUUUAUAAAGUGACAAAGAACUUGGUGAAAUUGCAUUCCAUUCUAGUGUUUUGUGGAAAGUAGAACUUGUAAACAAUAAUGAAGUUGAAGGUGUGGCUUGGCUCCUGGCUGAUUACAAAAAAAUGCCAAGUAGAGAGAAAUUACUUAACAAUGGAAUUUUUCACAUGAGAUUUGGGAAAGUCUCAGCUGAAUAGUUAAGUAGUGUUAAAGUGAGAGUAUUGAUUGGGAAAGAAUGGGAUCCUGUAAGAUGGUAUGGGGACAAGUGGGAAGGCUCUGACGUAGCUGUGACAUUGAGCUCCUAUAUUCUGAGUCUUCUUCCCAGUAGAAGCAGCCUCAUCAGCAGAGGUGGCCUUUCCAUCCCUAGUGGCAGUGUCAUCCCCACCCACAGUGACAUCAGCCUUUCCAUUUCCAUCUGAUGGAAUUAACUAUGCGUUGCUUGAGGAAACUAAUGACCUCCCUUGAGGUAGUGGCCAUGCAAGACAAUGCUACUUCUCAGAAACCCCCACAACCACCCCCUUUUGUUUCUAGACCUAUCACUAGACUCUGUCCCAGCAGGCUCCUAAAAGUGCAGUGCAAAGUGUGACCCAUGAGGAGGGGUGCUACAGUCCAAAAGAACAACCUGAGUUUUCUAACUUAGAAAUCCAGGGAACAAGUGUGGAAAUGGAUACUAAGUGUGUGGCACUGUAGUGGAAGGAACAUGAUUGGAAAUUUGGACAAUGAAAUCUGGGGGAGAGGUAGGUGGGUAGACCUCUCUGAGUUAGGGCAAAAAAAUUGAAGAUACCUGUGUCCCAUAUAAAUGAGUGACCUCAGCAAAGGAGGAUUUUAAUAAUCAAGUGGACAGGAUGGCCCAUUCUGUGGCUAAUAGUUUCUUUCCCCAGCCACCCUUGUUACCCAAUGGACCCAUGAACAAAGUGGCCAUGGUGGCAGGGAUGGAGGUAAUGCAUGUGAUCAGCAACACGGACUUCCACUCAUCAUAGCUGACUUGGCUAUGACCAUUGCUGAGUGCUCAAUCUGCCAGAAGCAGAGACAAUACUGAGCCCCCCAACAUAACACUAUUCCUUCAGGUGUUCAGCUAGCUACUGGAAGCAGGUUGGUUACCUUCGAUCACUUCCAUCAUAGAAGAGACAGCGUUUUGACCUUACUGGACUAGAAACUUAACUCUGGAUAUGGAUUUACUUUCCCUGCAUGCCAAGCUUCUGAUAAAACUACCAUCCAUGGACUUAGAGAAUGCCUUAUCCACUGUCAUAGUAUUCCUCCUGGCAUUACUUCUCAUCAGUUACUACUAAUUUGAUGAUAGACUGGUGCUUGGCAUGUAAUUUUUAUAUCAUCCUGACUUGUGAAGGGGAAUAAUUAACAGGCUGGAAAAUUUUUCAAUUUUUACACUCUAUUAUUUAUUGAAUAAUUUCUUCCCUUAUCAUUGUGUCCUGUUGUCUGCUUCUGAAAUACGUGUGUGUGUGUGUAUAUGUAUAAUAUAUAUUUAUAUAUAUGUAAAUAUAGCAUUGCAGAGACAGGAAAAUGGCAUAGAAUAUCCAUUAUAAUUUUUUUAUUGUUGCUGUUUUAAUGUCCUUUAAUAUAUAUUAGUAUUGUAUCCUUCUAAACAUUUUUACCUUUGCUCUUUAUAAAUAACUUUCUAUAAAAAUUGAGAAAAUAUACAGAAACAUAAUGAAAAAAAAUCAAGAUCACUUCUGUUUUCCUUUCUACCAAAGAAAAUCUGUUAAGCUGCAAGGUGUUAUACUGUAUCCUAUUCAGACAGGGUACUUAAAGAGGAAAAUAAAAAUUGAAAUUUUUACAAUAUUAGAUCUUCCAUGCAUUAAAACUAAUUUAACUCUGUCAGCAUAGAGCUGUCAGCACAGAGCCUGAUGUGGGGCUCAAACUCAGGAACUGUGAGAUCACGACCUGAGCCAGAGUCGGACACUUAACCAACUGAGCCACCCAGGCGCCCCUAGUCGUUACACUUUUAGAUAAAGAGCUUACAAAUUCCUUGCUUGGUUCAAUCAUAGAUGCAUUAUACAUUUUGUUGAUUUCAUGACUGGAAAUGUUCUGUUACAGUAUCUAAUUGAUCAUUACUGAUAUAUAAGAAGGCUAUUGAUUUUUGUAUGAAGAUUGCAACCUUGUCACCUUAUUUCUGUUGUUUGGUUAUUUUGUCUUUUUUUUGGAUUAUAGCUUCCAGGAAUACAUUCAGAGGUUUCUUAAAUGCCAAUUUAUUUCAUUGAUGCUUAAAUGAGAGUUUGGCACAGUCUGGAAAUUGGUACAAAUUGUUUUUCUCUCUGAAUUUGAUGAUUUACUCCAUUGUCUUCCUACAUGAGUAUAAUCUGUGAAAGUAUAACGUUAAUGUAUUUCUUAUUCUUAUGUAUGUAAACUAUUUUUUAAAUUUUU